AACUUGUAAAUUUUAUACUGGUUUUGCGUUCAUGUACUGUUUUUGAUAUUCCCUUUCAGAGCGAAUUCUCGGAAAUUAAGUUAUUGGCUAGUUACUGGAUAAUUCUUACACGAAGAUACCUUAACCAAGAGUUAGACUUUUCUUCAUGUACAAAACAGCUCGGGCAGAUGCUUCUGCCGCAAAUUCUACUUAGCUUCAUAACAUAUACUCGUACAUAUGACGUGCUUUUUAUUAUAAGGCUUUUCAACUCACGGAAAUUUUAUCUUUUGUCCAAAACCAAUUUCGGAGAAAGAGUUUCAAUGAGUUUUCUUGAUCAAUUCUUUCCAGUGCAAGUUCAGUUAGUUUAGAACUAACAAUUUGUCUAUCGUUCUCUGGCUCAACAAAUUCAUUGAGACUUGUUGCCAUCGGUGCUAAGUGUCUACAUACCGAGUUUCAUUGCCAUAACACCGGUGUAUUUAUAUCGGUUGGUUACUUAUUCACCUACUAAGGCAAUAUGGCGGAUCAAAAUGAGUUAGAUCAGUUGGCCGCAGCAGAAUUGGAGAGAUUGCAACGACAACAUCGUUCAUUUCAAUUGGAACUUCGUGGACUGCUGGAAGAAAAAGCUAGGCAGUUAAAGAAACAAAACCACUUGAUAACGGUUUUACAACAGGAACAUCAAAAGUUGAAAGAUGAGAUUAGCACACUGGAGGGUGGAACGCAUGCGAGAAAAAAUACAAAUAAAGAAAAGCGACUGAGUUUUUUGCAAAGGCAAAACGUCGAGCUACAACAAAUUUUGCAAGGCGAACGUGUUAAGAUAUGGGAGCUGGAAGGUCACAUUAAGAAGGUCGAAAAGGAAAUCGAUGGCUUGCGCAAGAACGAAGUCACUGAUAGCUGUUACAAGGAAAGCAUUGGCAAGGUGCAAAAGAAUGUCGUCAAGUUGGAGAAUCGCUUGGAUGUGGUUAAUAAAAAGUACAGCGAUGUUUUGACUGAGAAUUGCAAAUUGCGGGACUCCAUAAAUCACAUGCUACAGGAUCGCGCAAAUUUCAACGAGAUGUGGCAAUCAAUGGUGACUCAGUUUAACGAAGGGAAAAAAUAUAUAAUUGAGUUAAUAGACCAGUCUACCGUGGCGUUUGAUUUGCGCGAGGAGCUUUGCAACAAACUACAAGUCCUGAAGGAUCGAAGCGAGAACGAUAAAAUUAUGCAUAUACAGGAAAUGCGUGAAAUGCAACGUCGUCUAGAACACGACGCCAAACUUCAGAAAUUCUUCGACAUAAAAGGUCAGAAGCGUUUCAAUCCCGAAUUGGAACAACGUGAGGCGAACAAAAAACUUGCUUUGAAAGAUAAUUAUGAAAGACAAUUGGAGGAAUAUCACGCCAUCAUAGAUGACAUUAAGGAAUUAUAUGCGGUGGAGGACACCGACAGUUUGGCUGCACAGUUCAAGCGGCAGGAAGAGGAAAAUUUCGCACUAUUUAACUAUGUCAACGAGUUAAGUCACGAGGUGGAGGCUUUAAAUGAUACAACUCAGGAGCUGAGCGAAGAAAUUGAGCGACAAAAAGCCGAACACGAAGAAAAGGCGCUUAAACAGAAGACAGAAGCUUUGGAUUAUCUAAAUAGUGAGCUGGAGAAAGUAGAAGCAGCAGCCGCAGAGGCCAGCGAAAGGAAAUUAAUGCUUCACACGCGUUUAGAUCAAAUAUUGCAGGGCAUAUUGGAUAUUUUUAGGCUUUUAUCUUGCAAUGAUGCUCCGAUUUUGAAUGUGUUGAGCACCAAAACUGUAUUAACGGUUCAUAAUGUGAAACUUUUCGUCGGUGUCAUUGAGCGUCGCAUCAACACUGUUAUCAGCAAUGUCAAUAUAGAUGAAUCUUCAACUAAAAUAUUAGCUCGAAAGGAUCGCGUACCAAAAUUUAAUAUUAGAGAGUCAGCCAAGGGAAAAAAUUAAUUCAUUCACACAUGACAAAGAACGCAUCAAAAGGAUGUUUGGAAAUCAUGCCCAUACGUUUUGGGCGAUAAUUUGUGCUUUUAGAGCAAUCAUAAAAAAAAAAUAGAUUAUAAUGGUUUGUAUUCCAUAAAGUAUUAUAUGUACCUAUUUAAUUUUGACUGAUAAAAUAAUUUCGUGAAAUAAAAUCUAAA